AUGGAUCAUGUAACCUCUCCUCUUUCUUCAACAAAUAGGUGGUGGUCGGAAGGAACAACAGCUGUGGUGACCGGAGCAAACAAAGGUAUAGGUUUUGCUGUUGUGAAGAGGUUACUGGAGCUUGGACUAACCGUCGUUUUAACUGCCCGAAACGCCGAAAACGGAAGCCAAGCAGCCGAUUCCCUCCGCCACGAUGGCUUUCGAAACGUUCAUUUUUGCUGCCUCGACAUCUCCGACCCUUCUUCCAUCGCCACCUUCGCCUCCUCGUUCCGUCGCAACUUCGGAGUACUCGACAUUUUGGUGAACAAUGCGGCGGUUUCAUUUAACGCUGUCGGUGAGAAUUUAAUCAAACAGCCAGAGACCAUUAUCAAGACCAACUUCUACGGUGCCAAGCUUUUAACGGAGGCGCUUUUGCCCUUAUUUCGCCGUUCAGACUCCGUUAGCCGCAUCCUUAACAUCAGUUCAAGGCUUGGCACAUUAAACAAACUGAGAAGCCCUAGUAUAAGACAAACACUAGAAAGUGAAGACCUUACCGAUGAACAAAUCGAUGCGACUGUGACCCAAUUUCUGGAGGACGUGAUGAGCGGGACUUGGGAAAAACAAGGAUGGCCGGAGAACUGGCCUGACUACGCCAUCUCAAAGAUGGCCUUAAACGCUUAUUCUAGGGUUUUGGCUCGACGUUACGAGGGUAAAAAACUAAGUGUGAAUUGUUUUUGCCCUGGUUUCACUCGUACGUCUAUGACCGGUGGUCAGGGGACUCACACGGCGGACGAGGCUGCUGCCACUGUCGCCAAGUUAGUGUUGCUUCCUCCGGAUAAGCUGGCUUCCGGCAAGUUCUAUAUAUGUUUGGGAGAGCCUAAGAAAAUUAUUUCAAAGUUGUGA